CGUGGAUUAUGUCGAACGAAACAAAACGUCAAGAGUGAUCUUUUACGAGAAAGGCAUAGUUGGCGAAUCAAGUUGAAUUGAAUUAACGGUGCAGUCUUUGCAUAGUGAAUCGUGGUGAUAGCCAGCUGGAGAGUUGCGGGCGGGCAGACACGUCAGCGUGACAUUUGACGCGGCGAUCUGCAAACAACUUUGUCCUUGAACGUUGAACGUUGAACUCUGAACUUUUCUACCACUGCAUCAACACCAAUCACCAUGUACUGGACAGUAUUGCCAUCUGUGCUUCUGCCCCUCAUUCUAGCCGUAUCACCUCCACUGGUAACUGCUGCGUUGUUCCCUACAAAUACGCAGGUGAAGAUGCUGGACGCGCUGGGUUUCAGGAAAUCCAUGAAGCAGAAUUCAACUUCCGUAGUUGCUUUCGUAGCGCCGUGGUGCGGGCAUUGUCAGAGGAUGGCACCCGAGUACAGCAAGGCCGCCGAAGCACUCUCACCCAUGGUUCCUCUUUAUGCUGUAGAUUGCGAUCAAGAUGCGAAUAAACGGCUCUGUUCGGAACAGGGUGUGCAAGGGUUCCCCACAGUCAAGCUGUAUCCUCGUGGUGGGAAGUCCCAACCAAUCAGCUUUGACAGCGGGAGCCGCACAGCCAACAACUUCUUCUAUUGGGCUUCCCGGAAUAUUCCACAUGGUGUGAAAAGACUUGAGAAAGUGGCAGAUAUUGCGGAUUGGUCCAACAAAAAUGUCGCAAAACCUCGCGCCCUCCUUUUGACGUCGAACAAGGACAUCCCUCUCAUGUGGAAGGCCUUGGGAAACAAAUACAAGGAUUCGAUCACUUUCGCUAUUCUAUACGACAAAAGUGGAAAGGGCGCGGUGAAACUAGGUGCAGAGGAAACCGCGGAUAAGGGAUCCAAGGUUCUCAUAUACCCUGCAGGGUCACCGCAUUUUGCCCGGUUCGAAGGCAGUCAGAAAUACAAACCACUUGACAAGUACCUCAAAGAUGUUGUGGAUGGUACAGCUGUCUUCCCUGAAGAUCAAUCGAAAGACGGAACUCGGUCAAUGUCAGUGCCUUCGACGCCAGAAGGCCAAGAAGUCCUCCGUGCCGCGGGAGCGUCGGCGAGAGAUGAAGCCACAGAAAGCUCCCCUGUAUCCCCGAAUUCUCCCGUUCCCAACUCCGACACCGAACCGAGCGAUAAAUUGGAAUCUCCCACAGCGUCACCUGAAGAUUCUACCAUUGUGAGCUUGAACGACAUAGACGGAAUAUACGAAGCGAAGCUAGUAUCUGCAUCGGCGGAAAAAGCUGGUGGAGAAUCGGGGAAGAGGAGUGAGGAGGGCAAUCAUGCCAAGGAUGAGCUGUAGAUUGUAUCUUUUUCACCCCUGGAUCUGAUAUCUCUUGUACGUGUACACUAUUCCAGUCGGUACCGGAUACCCUCACGUGAUCUAGGCUAGUAGUUACAUCGUUAAGAUAGGCCGCCCUACAUGUCGAAUGUUGAUUGCCUGAGGACUCAAGCUCAAGUACUCACCGGGCCCCAACAAUUUUGGUUAUAACGAGCGGCUCUGGAGAUAAUGAGUGGUCAAUAUGUGCUAUGUGCAACAGCAUCGAUGCUGGACGCGGUCGCCGUCUGGAAUAC